CUCCAGAACCAACUAAACCCGCGAAGCAACAAGUCGAAGGCGGCGGCGGCGGCGGCAGAGGCGAUGGGGAGCGACACGGAGACGGAGAAGAAGAAGACCCCACUGGCGCUAGCGCCCAUCGCGAAGCCCCUCGCCGGCAAGAAGCUCUGCAAGCGGACCCUGAAGCUCGUGCGCCGAGCGUCGGAGGCCAAGUGCCUGAAGCGGGGAGUCAAAGAGGUGGUCAAGAGCAUCCGCCGUGGGAACAAAGGGCUUUGUGUGAUCGCUGGAAAUAUUUCUCCUAUUGAUGUGAUUACACAUGUUCCAAUACUUUGUGAGGAAGCUAAUGUUCCUUACAUAUAUGUUCCGUCGAAAGAGGAUCUUGCGACCGCGGGAACCACCAAGAGACCUACUUGUUGCGUCUUGGUUCAGACCAAACCAACCAAGGGGGAGCUCAGUGAAGAGGUGAAGGAGAAACUGAAGUCAGACUAUGACCAGGUUGUAACGGAAGUUGCCGAGGCUACAUCCGCAAUGUUCUGAGAACAAUUCCAGGACAGCAGUAUCUGAGAAUCAGGCGACUUCUUGGCGUAGUAUGCAGCAUGAUCCUGACAGCCUGCCCUACUUGUGUGAACUGCACCAAUAUGUUUUCCAGGGUAGCUGGAGCACUAUAAGUUGCUCGCCUAUGUAUUAUGGACUACCCUUGUUGGUCGUACAAUGAUUAGAUAAAAUUAGCCAAUUAUGAUGAUUUGGAUGAGCAGAUUAUCUUGUUUCCUGUGAAACUGCCAGAUCUUGGUAGCUCGUGCGUGCCUCUUGUUUCAGGUGUUGUGUUGAUGACUUGUCUCUAAAA